GGCUCCGUCGGCGGCGCGAUCGCGCUCGUCGCGGGCACCACCGUCGGCGCGGGCAUGCUCGCGCUCCCCGCGGUCUGCGAGACCGCCGGCUUCGUCCCGUCCACGACCGCGCUGAUCCUGUGCUGGAUCUACAUGGUCGCCACCGGCUUGUGCGUGCUCGAGGUCAACCUCGCGACGAUGUGCGAGCUCGGCGGCGGCGGCGUCAGCAUCGUGUCCAUGGCGGACCGCACCCUGGGCGUCGGCGGCGUGCGCUUCGCGUGGGCGUCGUACGUGUUCAUACACUACGCGCUGUUGGUAGCGUACGUCGCCAAGGUGGGCGAGCUCGCCGUGGAUUUAAUCCCGGCGUUUCCGGGCGGCGCGCCGGCGGCGUCGAUCGAGUACGUCGCCGCGCUCGGCGGCUUUUUGUUCCUCGCCGAGAGCGACGCGAUCGAGCGGUUUAACAACGCGCUCGUGGUGAUCGUCCUCGCGCUGUUCUUCCCGCUGCUCGCGCUCGCCGGGAGCGCGGCGGAUCCGCGGAAUCUGAUCGACCGCGGCGACUGGACCGCCGUGCCCGACACGAUCCCCGUCAUCGCGCUCGCGUUCGUCUUCCACAACGUCAUACCGGUGGUGUCGUCGUCGCUGGAAGGGGACAAGUCGAAGAUCCGCGUCGCGAUCAUCGCCGGGACGUUCAUCCCGUUCGCGAUGUUCGCACUGUGGGACGCCGCGGUGCUGGGAAGCGUCGGCGUCGACGACGUGGAGGCGGCGUUGAGGCAGGGCGUCAAGGCGCCGGACCCGCUGGCGACGCUGCAGGCGUCCUCAGACGCCGCGAAGGCGCUCGUGAGCGGGUUCUCGUUCUUCGCGGUGAGCACGAGUUUUCUAGGGUUCGUGUUGGGCCUCACGGAUUUUCUCGCGGACGGGAUGAAGACGACGUCGAAAGGCGACGCGAAGCCGUGGGCGGUGGCGUUGUUGCCGCCGACGGCGUUCGCGCUGGCGUACCCCGACAUCUUCUUGAGCGCGUUGGACAAGGCGGGGACGUUCGGCGUCUUGACACUGUUCGGGUGCAUGCCGCCGCUGAUGGCGUGGAGGAACCGC